ACUGGGAGGCAACUAGGACAGUACUUCCGGAUAUCCGUUCCAGCUUAUCGGCAGUUUUGGACCUUGGUCACAGCCGUUUCAUUGCCGAGUCAUCGACACCACGAUGGGCUAAUUUGAGGACGCUGCGGCGUGCAUGACAGGAAUCCUAACCUGGUAUUUACUUGGUAGAAAUACUUGCGUUGCCGCGGCGUGUAUAAGACUCCCACUGUUCAACGCCCACCAGUUGGAGGUUAUUCCUUCGGUCACAAUGACCCUCGGCUCUGUGCUUGCUACAACUGCACCAGUUAGUGUUGGUCCGUACCACUAUGUCCCUACAGAGUGGAUCUGUGUCCUUUUCGUGGUGUUGUACAGUAUCUCAACUGUGCUCCACUUGGGCCAGGCGCUGAAGUAUAAACUGUGGUGGAUGAUUCCCACAGCGACCUUCGCAGGUAUACUGGAAAUAUUAGGAUGGAGUGCCAGGUUAUGGUCGAGUCGGAACCCCAAGCUUUUGACGCCUUAUGAGAUGCAGAUCGUCGGCACUAUCAUAGCACCUACCCCGCUAGUUGCAGCCAACUUUAUCAUCCUUGGCAGGAUUAUCACUCAAGUUGGACCCCAGUACAGCCGUCUGACCCCAAAGACAUAUACCAUCUUUUUUUGCUGUUUUGAUAUCGUUUGCUUGAUCGUACAAGCUGUGGGAGGCGCAUCCGCUGCGCAUUCCGCCAACACGAAGACAAGCGCUUCAAUGGGCGCGAAUAUUAUGCUAGGCGGAAUUGCUGCUCAGCUCUUCGCAAUAGUUGUCUAUGCCACUAUGGCAGCUGAGACUCUCUUGCGUUUGAAAUAUAAUGCACCCUUCCGCUACGUUGAACAGCCUCGCAUAUUAGAGAAAGGCCAACGUGCUGUGAGUAAGAACUUGCAACUAAUGCUUUGCGGCAUGGCGUUCUGCACCCUCUGCAUCUUUAUUCGAUCAGUGUACCGUACUGUGGAGCUCGCCAAUGGAUGGAAUGGGCCAGUGAUUUCGACGGAACGUUACUUCGAUUGGCUCGAUGGUGGCUUGGUGACUCUCGCUAUUUACACUCUCAAUUUCUUUCACCCAGGUAUCUUGGUGAAGAAGGACGACCAUACGGCUCAUACUUCACAGCAAGGCAGCGAUGAAGAAGCUAGCACGACCUAGAUUCUAAAUUUUGAUUACUUUUCAAUUUUACUAUCAAGAGGCAAUGGACCGUCACAUUUACUAGUAGAGUAGCCGUCAGCAUAAUAGUUUGACGGUUAUAACCCUAGAUGCUCAUACAACCUUUUCACGAAUACGUGGAUACCGCUUCC